GCCCAGGUUCCGUGCUUUGCAACACUGCUAUAAUAAUAAACUCCCACCGCCACCGCUUUGGGUAGGCAUGCUGGGUCUUGUCCCCUCCUCUUCCUCCUACCUCCUCUACCGCCGCCUAGCCGCUGUCCGGACCUUCUCCGCUGCCGCCGGCUCCGUCAACAUGGCUGCGCGGUCGGCGCUCGACGAGGUCACCGACUCCGGCGCCUUCGACCGCUCGCCGUCCACCUUCCGGAACUUCGUGUCCAGGGACAGCUCCGCUCGCUUCCCGGCAGUUCCCGGGAGGUACCACCUCUACGUCUCCUACGCCUGCCCCUGGGCCUCCAGGUGCCUCGCCUACCUCAAGCUCAAGGGCCUCGACAACGCAAUCAGCUUCACGUCGGUGAAGCCCAUUUUCGAGAGGACAAGGGAAACCGACGAUCAUUUGGGGUGGGUGUUCCCUGCCACCGGAGACGAGGACCCCGGCGCCGACCCCGAUCCUUUCAACGGCGUUAAGACCGUCAGGGAGCUGUAUGAGAUCGCCAGCACAAGUUACACCGGGAAACCAACUGUUCCUGUUCUGUGGGAUAAGCAGCUUAAGACUGUCGUCAACAACGAGAGCUCAGAGAUAAUCCGAAUGUUCAACUCCGAGUUCAAUGAGAUCGCGGAGAAUCCUGGCUUGGAUCUCAACCCACCUCACUUACAGGCCUCCAUAGAUGAGGUCAAUGAUUUGGUGUACGACGCCAUAAACAACGGAGUGUACAAAUGCGGCUUUGCCAAGAAACAGGAGCCAUAUGACGAGGCUGUCAGAAAUUUAUACGAGGCUCUGGACAAGUGCGAGGAAAUUCUAAGCAAGCAACGUUAUAUGUGCGGCAACCAACUGACAGAGGCAGAUAUACGCCUAUUUGUAACUCUUAUAAGAUUUGAUGAGGUGUAUGCAGUUCACUUCAAGUGCAACAAGAAGCUCCUCAGAGAAUAUCCAAAUCUGUUCAAUUACACCAAGGACAUCUACCAGAUUCCUGGGAUCAGUAGCACAGUCAACAUGGAGCACAUAAGGAAGCACUACUAUGGAAGCCAUCCAUCCAUAAAUCCCUACAGGAUUGUCCCUGCAGGUCCCAACAUCGACUACAAUGCUACACAUGACAGAGAGAAGUAUUCUCUGUAAAAAUCGUGUGGCGAUGUUGUGUGCCUGUUUGUUGUAUUGUAUGUGAGGCUGCAGGCCUCCCACAUAAUGAUAUUGCUGUUGGUUUGCGCUGCUUGCAUUACUGGAAUCAUCAUGUAAUUUUUUGUUCCUAAGAAAAAACUAUAUUGAGAAUUUUUGGUAUUUAUUCCAGCUUA